CAUCGAUCAGUCUACCGCCCUCGGACUGAGCUCCCCCAAUCCCCUCGGAUGAGUCGUGGUUACCAGGCCGGUGAGCCAUUGAGGAACAGGAGACCACCACCCUCCAGCUCCACUCCAUCCUCCCCCACCACACCAGCCGCCUCGAGCAAUGGCUCCUCCACGCGCAAAGGCAGAUCGUGGUGCUCCAGCAUCUGCAAGCUGCUGUUGAUCAUACAGGUCCUCGCUUCGCUGGCAGUGGUAGUGAUCGCCUUGUAUUUCGGCGGGGGCGUGCUGCGAGAGUUGAACCACCCGCAUUCCGAUAUCACCUUCAACCACAAGAAGCAUCCCGUCGCACAAGCAAAGCCACCACUGGUGGAGCCUCUGAUCAACGCCUCGACGCCUUUUGACAUCGUUGCCACUGUUUGGCUCGACGUCACACAACACUUGGAUCAGGGUCACUCGCUCCCUGCCGGAUUUGAAACUGUCACGUACCUGCUUCCCAAUACCACCGUGCAGGAGCGACGCACAGACGCAAUUCUUUAUCAAGAUGUCCUCUUCCGCAGCGUCACGAUGGACAGCUUCGUCUUUGGUUCCGUGCCUCUAGACGUUCCCAUCGAGCCACUCUAUACACAGGUGCUGGGACCCUCGUCGCUUCGUAUCACAUUUACUCUGCGGCCAGAUGAGCAGACAGUGACAGAUCUGGGCGAGCUGGAAGGCAGAAUGACGAUUCAUCCGAAUACUUCCCUCACUCUGCCUCGCUCAUUGAGCAGUGCAAAUGCGGUCAAGAGUAGGACUGGACGCCUCGUGCUGCAAGAUGUACUUGACCACACCGCUCCCAGUGUACCUCUUCUAAAGCUUCUACCAUCCAAGUACUACCUUCAAGGUGAUCUUCCAGGCUUCAAUUGUACCGGCGGCAAUUCUUCCCAAUCUUUCUCUCCCAGGCCGUUGCAGAACCUUUCACCCCUUGUACCUAGCUUCAUGGACAACUCCUAUGCAAGCCGCCACUUUGUCAAGAAUCUUACUCACGACCAAGACGGUAAUCGAUACUACAUCGGCGACAGCAAGCUAUGUCAAAUCUUUCACCCUCACAUCAGAAGCCGUGUCAAUGUUGUGCUCUUGCGUGACGAGAGACACUUUGCACUUCCGGACUGGGGCUUUAGGCAGCAGACUGCGAUGAGGAAUUCGGCCCCGUGCUGGGAGGCAAGGCCUGAGGACGAGGAACUGCCAGGUGCUUGCUACGACAUACGCCGCAACGGACCUCUGGAGCAGCUCUUGCAAUUUAGAGCCAAGUCUAAUGAGGGACAAGAGCUCAAGAUGGAAGAUGUCGCAUUCCGCUGGUCUCCCGUGCUGUACGAUGGAGGCCCAGCCUCGACAGGGCCAGCGCAACACCAGCAGCUUCCUCACCUGAGGCCCGGCUCUGAAGCGGCGCUUGCUCGAUUGGCAGCUAAGCAAGGCGCCUGUGACACAUCUAUUCUCUCACCUGAAGCCGCCAGUCCAGAGUUCUUUCACAUUGACCUUAGUGUCCACUUCGCGGCCCACAGAAUGCUACGGUCGUGGACGCUCAGCUGGGUUGAGCCGGUGAUGCCAAAUGCAACCACGGCUUGGGACGUAGAGGAAGGCAAGCACAAAGAAAUGAUCAAUACUUUUCUCCCGGAAGAGGAGAAUUACUGGGAACUCUGGACAUCUAUCGCAUUGGGAAGCGCUGCCCAUCCGCGUAGUAAGACGCGGGGAGCCAUUGCUAUGGGUCUGAUCUUUGGUCUGGCCGAAUCAUUAGAAUUAGGUCUCGCGCUGAUCUACUGGUAUACCCGCUCGAAUACCCUUGGCCUAUCACACAAUGCUCAAUGGAUGAUAGCCACUGCGACUGCCCUCUCAAUUCCCGCACAGAUGCGUCCCUGGAUUGCUGGCAUUCGUAGCUCGCCCGACAUUUUCUACCAUGUCUACUGGGCGAUCUCGUUCCUCCCAAUCCUCCUAGUGCUGCUAAAUAUUGUUUGGCAGAUCAGGAUACUCUUGCGAUUGAUGCCAGUGACGAAGACGUCUGCAGCUGGUGGCAGACGCCUGCUCGGACUGCUCAGCACCAACAUUGUCCAAAGGCCAGAAUCCAAGCAGGAAUACAAGUCAAGAAUGGCAGAGAGGGAUCUGCUCCAGUGGUGGCCUGUGGUCUCUUUUGUUGUGGUAUACCUGUUCACAACAGUCAUACCAAUUGGCGACCGUCAUAUUCUCUCCGGCUCAGGGUGCUACUUGAAGCCAUCGCAGUCCGAGUCUGGACACUGGCUCUUCGAGCACCUCUUCUCCACGUUGCCAGGCAUCUUGAUUGGAUCAGCUAGCCUCACACAACUCGCAUUCAAUUUCGUCUCGCCAAGAUUCGCAAUCGACGCUUCGCGACAGUCCGCCACCAGUACUUUACAACGCCGUCGAGGAAACUUUGCCGGCACACUCAAGAUUGCUGCUUGGCUUGCCUUCGUGGAGCAAACGAUAGCCAUCGUCUUGCCACGGUAUGAGAGACUGGGAGGUCAUUUCCUCAGCAAGGCGCCGCUCACUGUUGAGCAGGCUGGAACUUGGCUAGUCAGUACCCUGACCUUCGCACAGGCUCUAGUUCUGCCCUCUGUGAAACAGAAGGCUUGGUAUGUAGAUGAAGACGACGAACCGGAGGCCGACGAGAUUCCUCAGAAUGCUUCCUACGAAUUGAUCACCUGAGAAGAGCGGGAAAGUAGCUCUGCUUUGCUACAGUCGCCGUCGAUGCUGCAGGUGGCAGGUCAACUUCGUCGUCAGAUGAGCGCACGGAGGAGCCGUGAAAAGGACAUGAAUGACCGGCCAAGGCUAGCCAAUUGACUCGAAUAAUUGGACACUGUACGAUGGAUGUUGUGAUACAUUGCUUGUUGUUCUGGAAACGUAAUAUGCAUCACUUUUC